AUAAUAUAAAAAGAUAUCCUAAAACCUCUCGUUUGUGUUCUUGAUCUCAAGCUCUUCAUUGAAUUCUCAAAAUCUUCUCGAAUUCCAUCUCUGGAGACUGAUUCUACAGGGUAUGCAACUAUAGGUUUAUUUGGAAGCAGUGGGCUCCUCUUUUGGAAAAAGCAUUUGGUGCUUGAAUAUGUGCGUUUGGAAGCAGCUUUUUCGUAGUAUAAUUCCUUCCUGAUGCUAUGGGUAGAAGAAAAGCCCGGCCAAUUAGAUCUGAAGGGAUAUCAUCUAACAUUGGCGUCCCAGACAGUACUAAUUCAGAUGAGAAAUUGAAUAAUGAUUGCCAAUUGGAAGCAGUGAAUGAAAAUGCUAAUGAGCAAGUCUUGGAAUCACAGAAAUCAUUUUAUAUCAACAUUGAUAGAAACCAUUGUGAUUUUGAUGAGUAUUUUGACAUUGCUGAAAUUAUUCUAAAUGACGUGAGGUUUCCUGACGGAGAUGUGGUUGAUAGAUCGUUUGAGGACAAAGUAGAUCCUGAAUUUUCUCUUCGGUUUAAAUUGAUUGGCGUAGAGGAAUCUAGUGUUAAGUUAGGCCAUUGGCCUGUUAUAUCAGCUGAUAAUAUCUUUCUCGAAUGCAUUUUUUUAGAUAAUUCAACUUCUGAGGGUGGUAGCAAGUCAAAGGUGCUUUUAUCUGGUGUUUUUGAUGGUCCUGAUGAGGGUGUUUCUGGGCUUGUUCACUUGGUUAGUCAGAAGUUAUUGACGAUAAGGCUUGUUUCAGGAGUUGGAAAGCUGGUGGACCUUUUCAGGGUAAGGGUCGAGAUACUGAGGAAUGCUUUUAAUGCUUGUGAAUCCCUCUUGGAGAUUGUCAGACAGCCAUGGAGGAAGAGCAUGAUCAAUGUGAUGCCUUGGUUGCGUCCUGAAGUCACAAGCUCAGAGGCUAUAUAUGGAAUUACUUUGUCCAAGGAGGAGCAAGCUGAAGUUAAUGUAGAAACAACUGAUAAUGGUUCAAAUAACAAUUCUGGGUUUGAUGCUGCUGGUUUUUAUGAUGUCAUCAAGCCUUCAAAAGAGGAACCGAUGUUAGAAGAAAGACUGCCGGACUUGCUUCCACAACUUAGACCAUAUCAGCUUCGUGCUGUUUAUUGGAUGCUUCAGCAAGAGAAGAGAACUUGUGAAACUUCAGAUGAGAAAAUACAGAGUGAACUGUUUGCUCCAUUUUCAGUGGCAGUAACUUUCCUAGAAAAGCACUCCAGAAUGUUUUAUAAUCCUUUCAACGGUAAUAUUUCAUUACAUCCUGAAUCAUCAAAAUCUCUUAUUUCUGGCGGGAUUCUAGCUGAUGAGAUGGGUCUGGGGAAAACCGUCGAAUUGCUUGCAUGUAUCUUCGCCAAUCGUAUGCCGUCCUUGAAAGAUGGCAUAAUUUCUUCGAGUAAUGACUCCCAGUAUUCAGGUGGACAGAUAAAAAGACAAAAACGGGAUCGUGUAGAAUGCAUAUGUGGGGCAGCGACUGAUAGCUCAAAAUAUGAAGGACUUUGGGUGCAAUGUGAUGUUUGUGAUGCAUGGCAGCAUGCAAAUUGUGUAGGCUAUAAACCUAAGAAGAAACAUUCAGUCACUGAUGAAGUUCACAACUUAAAAGGCGAUAACAAGGUUUUAACCCGUAGUUCAAUGAAGCGAAAGAGCAAGAAAAAUGCCACUGACAUAAUUGAGAUGGCUGGGAAUUAUACAUGUGCAUUGUGUUCAGAACUUUUUGAAGCUGCUAAUUCCAAUAUAUCUACUGGUGCGACUCUUAUUGUUUGUCCAGCCCCCAUAUUGGCACAAUGGUAUUCAGAAGUUAUGCGCCAUACCAGGCCUGGUUCUCUCAAGGUUUCCAUAUAUGAUGGUGCGAAAAAUGCAGCCUCCUCUGCAACUUUGACAACUGAUAUGUGCGAGCUUGCUGCAACAGAUAUUGUGCUAACCACAUAUGAUGUGCUAAGAGAAGAUUUAUCACAUGAUUCUGAUAGGCAUGAUGGUGAUCGUCGUUUCAUGAGAUUUAUGAAGAAGUACCCUGUUACCCCUACAGUUCUUACAAGGAUAAAUUGGUGGAGACUCUGCUUGGAUGAGGCUCAGAUGGUUGAGAGCAACACAUCUUCUGUCACUGAAAUGGCAAUGCGCAUACGUGCUCAACACCGUUGGUGUAUCACUGGCACUCCUAUCCAACGAAAGUUUGAUGAUAUGUAUGGACUGUUGCGGUUCCUCAGAGCCAAUCCUUUUGAUGUUUAUCGAUGGUGGGCUGAAGUUAUCAGAGAUCCAUAUGAGAGAAGGGAUGCUGUUGCUGUGAAGUUUGCUCAUAGGAUUUUCAAGCAAAUUAUGUGGCGUUCAUCCAAAAUUCAUGUGGCAGAUGAGUUACAGUUGCCUCCUCAAGAGGAGCAUGUGUCAUGGCUUAACUUAUCACCAAUUGAAGAACAUUUCUAUCAAAAGCAACAUCAAUCUAUUGUCUCCUAUGCACUUGGAAUUGUCAGAAGCUUUAAAAAUGAUAUUUGCAAAAGGAGACAUCCAUCAGGUAACAAUGCUUCUUUUGAUGAUGUUGUUCUUUCUCGAGAUGAGGUUGCAAGGCUUCUAUUUCCACUCUUGAAGCUUCGCCAGGCAUGUUGCCAUCCUCAAGUCGGGAGUUCUGGUCUCUGCUCUUUGCAAAGUUCUCCAUUGACUAUGGAUGAGAUUUUAGAAGUAUUAGUUGGAAAGGCCAAAAUUGAAGGGGAAGAAGCUCUCAGGAGGAUUGUUGUUGCGCUCAAUGGCCUGGCUGCAAUAGCUAUAAUCGAGGGAGGCACCAAACAAGCUGUGUCAUUGUACAGAGAAUCACUUGCUUUAGUUGAUGAACAUGCUAAUGAUUUCCGUUUAGAUCCAUUACUGAGUCUUCAUAUCUAUCACAAUCUAGCUGAGUUGCUUCCUGUUGUCUCUGAAUCUACACAACAAUGUUCACAUCAUGUUAGUGUCAAUCCUUCUGAAGAUGGUGAUGAAAAGAAAAGAAAAUUGCUUUCAUCUGGCAAAUUUGAUCAAUACUAUGUGAAAAGACGAAAAAUGGGACAGGGCAAGAAACAAAGUACAACCUCCAUUGACAAGUCGUCUACUGACUGUAGUGAACAUGCUAACUGUGAUGAAAAUCCACCUGCCUGGCUUAAUGAUGGCAACCUUGGGACAGAAAAUGAUGUUCAGUGCCAAAUGUCUUCAAGAUGCUUUUCAGACAAGUGUCUGAAAAAGGCAUGUGAAGAUAUCAAACAGAAAUACUUAUCUGUUUUUACCUCAAAACUUUCUAUGGCUCGAAGAGACUACACAAAUAGUCACUCACAGGUUUGUAAUUUAUUGGAGGAAUACAAGAAUCAAAACAUGGCUUGGUAUUUGAAUACUCUUAAUCUUUUUGAGAAGAGUAAAGAUUCCUCUGAGGAAUUGUUACAAAAGAUCGAUCGGGCUGUUUCCAAUUUUAACAGGAAAACUUCAUCAAGGUCACGAAAUAUUGGUUUCUUGAAAUAUACUGUUCAGGCUGGUCUAGAUUCUUUGGAACAAUCUAGGCAAGCAUUACUUAAGAAACUUAUGGAAAUUGAUCAAGCAAUUGAGAAUCCCAAGGAUGAUGAUAUUGCCCAACUGAGAGACUGCCCUGCGUGCAAUGAAGGAAAUGGCUCAUUGUGUGGACCUUGUGAACUCGAUGACCUGUUUCAGGUAUACGAGGCCAGCCUGUUUCUAAUAAAGAGAGCACAUAAUGAUUCUGUUAUCACGUCGGUUGAGGAAGCAUUGGAUCUGCAGAAGCAGAAAUUAGAGUUGCGUCGGUUUUUCCGAGACAAGAAAACUUCGAUACAGUCAAGUAGUGAUCAUGAAAAGAUGAAGCAGAGAAAUGUGAAAGCAAAUGUGCAGGUUUAUAGACUUCCUUCUGAGCUGGAGGUCACCCUUGGAGUAAUCAAAAGUUACUCCAAAUCAAAGUUAAGUAGACAGGACUUAGCUUCUGCUAGAAAGCACUUGCUUCUUUUUCAGGCUAUGCGUAGGGAAUUUUCUCAAGCAAGGGGCUUGUUUGUUGCUCAAGCUCAAAUGCUGCAUGCUCAUGAUGAAAUUAAAUGUGCUACCUCACGAUUACGGCUCAAGUUGACUGAUGAUGAACCUCCUGCAAUUGAUGUGCUGAGCAAAGAGGAACUAAUUCCAUCGAGCAUGCAGUUUACAUCUGACAAAUUUUCGGGUUUGUCAUCUUUGACACGCAUUAGAGGACAACUCCGUUAUUUGAAGGGGCUAGUUCAAUCAAAUCAGAAAGCGGAGCAACAAUGCUGUAAUGCGGGGCCUGAUCCUCGAGAUCAAAAUGAUUUAGCAUCUACUACUGCAAAACAUGGUGAAGCCCUUGCUAAGAUUGAUGAAGAUGAGACUUGUCCAAUUUGUCAUGAGGGCCUGAACAACCAGAAGAUGGUAUUUCAAUGCGGCCAUAUCAUUUGUUGCAAAUGUUGUUUAAAAUUGACAGAGGAAGGAGCAUUUUGCUUUGGAAGGUCCCAUCAGAAAUGGAUUAUGUGCCCGACAUGUCGUCAACAAACAGCUGCCGGAAACAUUGCGUUUGUACAAGACAAACAAAAUAUACGCAUUGAUCUUUCAAAAAUUCAAGAUAUGCCUGAAUCUUGUAUCACAGUUCAAGGUUCAUAUAGUACAAAGAUUGAAGCUAUCACAAGGAGGAUUUUGUUCAUAAAAUCAACUAAUCAAGAUGCACAGAUUAUUGUCUUCUCAAGCUGGAACGAUGUGCUUGAUGUCUUGGAGCAUUCAUUGGAUGCAAAUGGCAUAACUCAUGUCCGCAUGAAAGGUGGAAGAAAAUCAAAUGUAGCACUUGCGAAAUUCAAAGGCCAAGCGAGCAAUGUGGGACGAAGCGGGAAGAUUGAAGACCAGUCAAUCAAAACACAACCAAUUCAAGUCCUCCUCAUGUUGUUUCAACAUGGAGCCAAUGGUCUAAAUCUCUUAGAAGCAGAACAUGUAAUCCUUGUAGAACCAUUGCUAAACCCUGCAUUCGCAGCACAAGCUAUUGGCCGAGUCCACCGUAUCGGACAAACAAAGAAGACAUUCGUUCAUCGAUUCAUAGUGAAGAACACAGUGGAAGAAAACAUUCAUAAUCUUAACAAGAACAGGGAGGCGAUUCCUGACGCCGUGUCGGCGGUGUCAAAGCAUCAAGAUCAACCUGCGUUGACUCUUAAAGAUGUUCAAUCCUUGUUCUCUGCUGAUAUGUCAACAGGUCUUCUACAAGAUGGUGGUGGUGGUGGUGAUGCUAAUGUAAGUGCACAAUUGCCCCCUUCUGUUGCUGCAGGUCUUGCUGCUGAGAGGAGAUGGAUGCAAAGUCAGUCAUCAAUGUCAAAUUUAGGAAUAGAUUGAUUGAGUGCAAUUGGCUUCUUUAACUUAUCAUUGUCUACAUUAAUGUACAGUUUCUCUCUCUCUCUCUUGUCUUCAUUUUCUCAUGUUGGAAUUUUGAAUUCAAAUAAGGUUGUUUAAGUUAGAUCAA